AACUCGGCUGGUUGGUUGGUGGAGAAAGUGGUGUAGAUCCAUCCAUCCGUCCUCCAAUCCAUAAGAGUUUCUGAGUGGCAGUGGCAGUCGUGGAGAGCGAGUGAGGAGAGACCACAUUGCAUUCCUCUUCCUUCCGCUCCGGAGAAAGCAGUUCACUUUCAGGGAAAAGUGGGUCUGGAACAUUAUUGUUAUUAUUAUUAUUAUAGCAAGUGACAUCGGGGAUAGGAGCGAGCAGGAGGAGCAGCAGGUAGGCAAAAAUGGCUUAGCUUACACAGCUCCUCAUCUCUCAAGAGGCUUUUCCUGUGCGCUCCAUACGAGCUUACCAACCCACCUGAAGUUCAUACAAUAAAAGCCUUUCCACCCAAUCUCCCCACCUACGAGGAAAAACUCUGGGAAAGUGAAAGUCGCUUCGGAAACUUCCAGUAGACAGUCGCCAAAUUUAAUUAUCCUUUACCUAAUAAUCUGAAAAUUUAAUUUUCCACUCUCCUCGCCUCGCCCGUACGACCUGUCAGUCACAGCUCGGUUGACUCGACUCACCUUUCGCCAGUCAACCUCGUCGUAAAAGACCAUCACAAGUACACAAGUGGGAAACACAUGUGCAUAUUCUUCGUCUGAUGAAUACCAUUCUUCUUCUUCUCCAUGCAUAUCAGUUUCUCGUCUUGCUUUCCCCCUCGUAACAUAUUCAAGCCUUUCCGUGCUGCAACACAGAACCAUGAUAAAUAUGAUAUCUAAGUGAUUUCAUCGAUUGACCAACCAAAGCUCUUCUGUGUGUGUCGUCGGUGAGGAAGAAACAGGAACGAGACAAGUUUUUUCCUAACUUUCUUCCCGACUGAACCUAAUUAUUCAAUUCCGUGAAAUUAUAACACGUGCAUAUACGUUGUUUAACAAGGCCAAUAUUUUUUUCUAGUCUUGACUUGGCACAGUUGCAACUGAACAGGGUACUUGUAUGUUACAUUUUAUCAACUUGUUGAAUUUAAUGGGCAGUGAUAUUUCAUUCCAUGAGACAAAAACAUUUUAUUCUGAUUUUUUAUUGACAAGUAGCAAACCUUUAGAAUUAUAAAAAUUAAAUUCCAUGUUUAGAUUGACUGUCGGUCGACUGUUUAAUAAUUGGGGAUCAGUAUACAUAUGUAUGACGUGGGACACAGAAAAUAUCACAAUCACGCAUAAUAAUUUUUAAGAGAGUUAAAAAUGUGCUACGCCAGAUAAAAUUCGAGGUGCUAAAUAGUAAAUUUCAAAGAUAUUUAGGUAUAGAAUUAAUAUAAUAUAAAUUAUACUAUAUAAUCCUCGGAUAUAGAGAUCCAUCUGCAUAUUAAUAAUAUACAUUACAUACAAGUUGAUUGUACCACUUUCACUUGGGCGUUUAGUUUAGAGCUAUUGUUUAUAUUAUUAAAGUGUUCACCUAGCUGCAUGUCCUACUUUAUCCGAACCUACUGUCGUGUACCUUACCGCAAUUGUCACCGUAAUGAGCUUUCCUGCGGCAGGCCAGUCGUCCGAGAAAUUGAUUAGUGAUUUAGCGACGAAUGCCUCCGCUUCGUACGAAACUUCGCCCAACCUCAACAUCAACCACGCGACCAGAUUACCCGUGGACGAGAUUUUUAGCAAGGAAGCAUCUGCGACUUCUAGCCAGCAACCCACGCAAUACGAUGUGAUCAACUCCCAUCCCCUCGAUGACGCCAAAAAUGUUCCUCCUGGUUCCAGUAUUACCAGGGUUUACAAAAAAUGUGCUUCAAAUGGGAGUUUGGCAGUGUACGUUGGGACCAGAACUUUAACUGUUGAAGGACUUCAGCUCGAACCGCUCAAAGGAGUAUUGGUCCUGGACAAGGACUCCUUGGCGGAGAAUGUCUCACAAAAUUUUAGAAUUUGGGGUGUGAUUUGUUUGACUUUUCGCUAUGGUCGUGAAGACGAGGAAGUGUUAGGUCUCCGAUUCUGCAAUGAAGCCAUUCUCGCCCUUAAGCAGUUGUGGCCACCCGUCUCAGCGAGUGAAAAUCCAGAAAAUCAUUCAGUCCAAGAUGAGGACGACGAGCUUACUCCUCUGCAAGUGGUACUUUUGGAAAGAAUCAGUGCGUCAUCGACCUCAGCCUCGAUUACUUCCAUUGGUUUCACAUUGUGUGCUGGGCCGGUUGGGCUGGGAUCUUUCCCUCCGCCCCCCUCGGUCCUCCUCGCACCUGCCAAACCGUACAAGGGGUCACCCAUUGGCACCAUCUAUGACCUCCGUGUAUACGCUUCCGAACGACCCGAGGAGAGACCUCCAAGGAGAAAUCUAAUCAGAUUGGCCCUCCGAGCAGUUCAAAUACCUUCGAUGAGCCUUGAACUUGAGCUGCAUGGUUCUGUUGAAUCUCGUCCAACUUUCCUUUCCAGAGGAAAAAUUCGACUUUCUUGUGAAUUGGACAGAAAUGCCGUCCGGUAUGGUGAGCCACUGGUCGUCAAAAUUAACGUCCAGAACAACAGUCGAAGUUCGAUACGACGGAUAAUUGUUUCCUUAAUUCAGCAAGUUGACGUUUGCAUGUUUACCUCGGGAAAGUUCAAGAACGUUGUGGGCUUGGUUGAAGACGCAAUACUUCUCGUUCCUGGAGCUUCUUGUCAGAAACGCUACACACUUACUGCCGCCCGAGGUCCGGCACGUCAAUGGCUUGCACUUGAGGAAGCCUUCGGGCGUGAUCCGAUUCUUGCUCCUUCCACCUCACUGGAAAGCAUGGAUGUCCAAGCUGCUGCUGAAUUGUCCUCGAAAAAUACUCCUAAUUCUCGAAAUGUGUUCGCUAUUAUUGUCUCCUAUUAUGUCAAAGCAAAGCUAGUCCUCGGUGGCCUAUCUCUGUGCCAAAAUGUCAAGGUGCCAUUCGUUCUCCUUCCACCCCAAAUCCCAGACGAUCCGGACCCCUAUCCUACCCCAAAGGGUGAAAUUGUCCCAGUCGUCUCUGCUGCCACCACUGAAACCAUCUCUCCACUCAAUACCGACUCAAGUCAACGGAGAGCAACGCGAGAGGUUGGUGAAGAAAGUCAUCAACUUGCAGCAGGAUCACAACAGCCACAAAAAUCCACUGACGAGGCUGCCAGCAGCAGCAUUGCUUCCUAAUAAGUCGAAAAAUACGAGCAUAUAUAAAUUCUAUCAAGUUAUUUCAAUAAUGGAAAUGAAUUCAAGCGAAAAUUGCCGUCUCAUGAUGCUCCAAGUUUAAUAUUUCAAGAACGAAGCUAGAAAAUGAGUGAAAGAAAGCGGAGAAAGUAUAUUACAAAUUCUAAACAGAAUCAAGCUGAAGUCAUCAAUCGGUUGAAAUUCAAAUUCCUCUCUCUGCAAAAAAAAGAGAACACAUUUGAAAUUAUUUACUAGUGUAAUGGAGAGACGUAUACAUAUAUAUGUAAAGUAAGGGGAAAGGAACAUGGCGGUGGUUUGGUGGGGUUUGGUGGGGGCAAACCUCAAUUAAUGGGACAAGAAAGUGAGCAAGAAAGAAAGCAGACUGGACUGGACUCGCGUGAUAGAUGGAGAAGAAUGAAAAUCAGUUGAGAAUUGGUCUGAGGAAGAAGCGAAAGCAACAAAGUAAACCAAAAGUAUGGGACGGAACUUUUUAAGACAAAGCUAAAAGGAAAAAAAUGAACUGUGAGAAUUCACAUCUCAUCCAUCAACUUCAUAUCUCAUUGAGGAACUCAAGGAGCAAUCCAUUACGCUUACAAAUAACUGUUACACCCAAAAUACACAACCAAUCGACAAAAAAAUCAAUCACUUAUAAAAUUCUACCGUUUUUACUUGAAAAUUUUCAUUAUUCAUUAUUUGUCCAUUCAAGUAAGCAGAGAGAUAAUCAGUUCAAAUUUCCACCUAUACAUAAACUUCUCAAUAAAUAUCCACGAUAAAACAACAAA